AUGUUCUCAUCAUUCAGGACCCUUCUCUUCGCCCUCGUGGCAGCCUGCCUGAUGCUUUCCGCCUUCGCCACGCCCGAAGCUCUAGCCUUCCCAGACGCCGUCGCCUCCCCGGAUCACAACAUCGAGAAGCGUGCCGUCACCAUCCCUCUCAACCAGCAGCGUUGCAUCUCCCACAAGCACGGUCUUCAUGCCACCUACGACAUCCGCGUGGGUCGUACAUUCACACAGGGUCAUUGUGAUGCUCUUUGGCGGGAACUGAAGAACACCAGAAAUGAAAUCACGGUCUGGAGUUGCCGACGCUUACGAGGCGGCCACAUGCGUAUCAUCUUCAACAAUACCGUUGGUUGGGGUGACAGUAUGAACAGAGCGCUGGCCAAGACUUUCCCGCAUAUUGGUCGGGUUAUGCCUUUCAGAUGCAAUGGACGCGCUUGA